AUGGUGUACGGCGGGAAGCCAAGUACGGGGUGCCAUUUGUGUCGCAAACGGAAAAUCAAGUGCGAUGAAGGCCGUCCGGGAUGCCGGAACUGCGGCAUAUACGGCAAGCCAUGUCCGGGCUAUCGAUCGGAUGGGAUCUUCAGAAAUGAGACGCACAAAGUGCAACAACUGAUGAAUGACAAGGCCAAAGCCUGCUCUUCCUCAUCAAGUAGAACGCAAACGCAGCCCAGCAGCCAUGAUGUAUCAGGCGGCGGCAAGGAUCUCCAAAAGACGACAUUGUCCGCUUAUCAGAUCAGCGAUGCCACGUGGGAAGAAAGAGCCAUUUGCUAUUUCUUCGAUCAGUUUACCAUUGUCGAAUGUAAUGCAUUCGGCGGCAUGGGUCAUCUGGGGUUCCUUCCGUCUUUGUAUGCCGAUUGUCGAGAUCAGAAUGUGGGUAACCCCGCAUCAAUGUCUUUACGGUUAGCUGUCGAUGCGACGGCCCUAAUGGCCCUGAGUAACAGGGUUAAUGUGCCGGGUGUUGUGACUCAGGCGAGAUAUCGCUUCGGGUUGGCGCUGCGACGUCUGCAGGAGGCGCUGGAUCUGCCGCUUGAGGCGGCGAAAGAUGAGACGUUUGCGACGUUGGUUAUUUUAUCUCUAUUUGAGGAUAUCUCGGGGGAUCGGCAUGGGCUUACUAGUGCGCAUACGGUGGGCUUUGAGGCGCUUACGAGGCUGAGGGGAGAGAGUCAGCUUGGACAUGCAGCGGGACUGGAUAUGUUCAAGUAUGCGUAUGUUCGUAUGCAAAUCGAGUUCCUUCUGCUGAAGGGGAAACCCAGUCUGGACUCAGACCGUCUGGUUGAGCGUCUCGACAGUGCGGAUCCGCUACAAUUGCUUAUGAUACUUGCGUCCAAGGUCAGGCAGCUGAUUUCAGAGCCCUCAUCUGCUUCGGAUCCCUUGCAAUCUGCUGGAAUCACGAAGCUAGCGUCAUGGAUCGACUCCUGUAGACGCUUGGAUUUAGAACUGGUCCAAUGGACCCAAACCUUGCCGGAAUUCUGGCUACCCCUCGAAACCCGAUCAUACACGGGCGAGGAUGUGCUCACGUACCGAGAGAUGAUUACUGCGGUUAUUUGGGCCCACUACCGCGUCCUUCGGAUCUUUAUCCAUGGUGCCAUGGCAGAUCUUUUCCGGGCACUGGUCUCCAUGGUUAAUUCUCCCGGGAUUCAGCAAGAAGCGUCUCAGCAUGAGGCAGAUGGCUUGCAGCUAAGCCUCGAUAUGAUCUCCGAUUCCUGUCGGAGUGUGCCAUUCUGCUUUGGGGAAAUAGAUAUGUUUGGAAACCCGAUGCCUCCGUCCGAGCAGGGAAUGUCGCGGGUUCGAGCUUUCUACCUCUACAGUAUGCUGUGGCCCCUGUGGUAUAUUCUGUCAUGUGGGCUGGCUACGCCCGAACAGACCCAGAUGAUCCGAGGCGUGAUGGCCCGGACGGGCUCGGAAGCUGGCAUCAAGCUGGCUACUAUGUUGGCGAGUUACGAUGGCGAGGAUGCUAUGGCGAAUAUGCCCCAGUUGUACUCUCUGGAACGUUCAGUGAGGGAGGUGUCUGUCAUGUGA